AUGGAGAAGCCCGAACAAAGACCGCUCGACGACGACGAGCCAGACGAAUGGUAUGGAUGCCAUCUGGUGCUACUAACUACAGGGACAAACGGAUUAUCAAAACUGGCUGCGCAGCGCGUAUGGCACAACAUCAUUCAAAAGUAUUCCUCGCUGGGCGAGGACGAACAGGGUGAUGUUUUGGAUAUGAGGACAGGGGACAUUGUCCAGGAUGUUGGCCACCUCCGAUCCAUGCGCGAUUCCACCACAGUCAAAGGUGAAGUGUGGAAUAGUCUCAUCGAGUUGGAACGCAAUAGGAGCCCCAAGAGUGAGAAAAUACGUCGCAACUCAGGAGACUUGAUACCGUCAAGUCCUUCUAAAAAAGCAAGGAACUCAAGUGGUAAUUCCGCAUUCACAUCAAUACUCAUAGCAAGCGAUUCUGAGGACGACGUGACGCAGUUUUUCGACUCUUAUAGGAGCUCACCGCGUCGCACAACGCGUUCCUCCAUCGCUCAAAAGGACAAUCUUUCGGUCGUGCCGUGUCCCGAUACGAACGCGUCUCCGCUUACGCCAAUUCGCAAAAUGAGACGACCCAAAUCCAUUGGUGAAGACCCGCUGCGCUUAUCCCCACCGGCAUACAAUCUUGACGAAAACUACAAAAUGUCGAGAAGAUCGCUAUUCAAGACCAAACCUGAAAAUUCCGAAGGCCCGCUCAUAACUCCGUCCAAAGUGCGUCGGUUCAAGGCUGCGCUUGCUCGCAAAUCUGAUGAGUCCGGAAACACUCGCUUGAAACGUUUGCUUUGGCUAAACAAACAAAGAAAAGUGUGA